CCAGCAAAGCUAACUUGAGUCCCUGGGCGCUGGACGGAGAGGCUGAGGCAGGAGCAAGCCGGGCGGUGGGAGGUCGAGGCGGAAGAGGCCUGCACCGUGGCCGAGGCAGUGGCAGCGUGCGCGUGUCAUGGCGGAGCUGACUCCGGGGCCGAAUGCGGCACCCGCGGGGGCGGGUAAGAGUGAAUGCUUCGUAGACGCGUUGCAUCGCGUCCGCCAGCAAAUGGCUGCUAAAAUUGGAGAGAUUCCUCACUUGAAUAAUUCCACACCACUUGUGGACGCUUCAGUGUACGGUUAUGGAGUAAAACGGCCACUGGAUGAGAGAAUAGGUAACCAGUUAGGGGCCCUGGAACAUCAAAGGGUAAUAACCGAAGAAUUCAAAGUGCCUGACAAAAUGGUUGGAUUCAUUAUAGGCCGGGGCGGUGAGCAGAUUUCCCGGAUUCAGGCAGAGUCAGGCUGCAAAAUUCAGAUUGCACCAGACUGUGGUGGGUUGGUGGAGAGACCCUGCGUGCUCACCGGAACUCCAGAGAGCAUUGAACAAGCAAAGCGGCUACUGGCGCAGAUCGUGGACCGCUGUCGGAAUGGUCCUGGCUUCCACAGUGACAUGGAUGGCAACAGCACGAUCCAAGAGAUCCUUAUCCCAGCAUCCAAAGUGGGCCUCGUCAUUGGCAAAGGUGGAGAAACAAUCAAGCAGCUACAGGAACGAACAGGCGUGAAAAUGAUUAUGAUCCAAGAAGGUCCUUUGCCAACUGGAGUAGAUAAACCUCUCCGGAUUACUGGAGACAUUUUUAAAGUACAGCAAGCAAGAGAGAUGGUACUGGAGAUCAUUCGAGAGAAAGACCAGGCAGACUUCAGGGGCAUACGCAACGAAUUCACUUCCAGAAUGGGCGGAGGCAGCAUAGAGGUCUCUGUGCCGAGGUUUGCCGUGGGAAUCGUCAUAGGAAGAAAUGGGGAAAUGAUAAAGAAGAUCCAGAAUGAUGCUGGUGUUAGGAUUCAGUUUAAACCAGAUGAUGGGAUUAGUCCUGAAAGAGUCGCGCAGGUCGUUGGCCUUCCAGAUCGGUGUCAGCACGCAGCCCAAUUCAUCAAUGAGCUCAUUCUCACAGUGCAGGAGCGUGAUGGUUUUGGAAGCCUUGUGGCCCGGGGAAGGGGGCACGGACGUGGAGACUGGAGCAUUGGCACCCCUGGGGGCAUACAGGAAAUCACCUACACAGUGCCAGCUGACAAAUGUGGCUUGGUCAUAGGCAAAGGUGGAGAGAAUAUCAAGAACAUAAACCAACAGUCUGGGGCCCAUGUAGAGCUCCAGAGAAACCCACCUCCCAGCACAGACCCCAGCAUACGGAUGUUCACCAUUCGGGGUGUCUCCCAGCAGAUUGACCUUGCAAGACACCUCAUAGAUGAGAAAGUUGGUUGUACUGGUCUGGGUGGCCCUGGGGGUUUCAGCCAGAGCCCCUUCAACCAAGCACCUGCUGCACCUCACCAAAACGGUCCUCAGACCUUCAUGACGCAGGGUUGGGGUGGCACUUAUCAGACGUGGCAACAGCCUGGGCAGCAGGUUCCAAAUCAACAAAGCCAGCAACAGAACAACCAACCAGACUACAGCAAGGCAUGGGAGGAUUAUUACAAGAAACAGAGUCAUGCUGCCACUGCUGUGUCUCAAGCCAGCUCCCAGCCCGACUACACAAUGGCCUGGGCAGAGUAUUACAGACAGCAGGCUGCUUAUUAUGGCCAGACAUUAGGACAAGCUCAGACUCACAGCCAGGAACAGUAGAACUACAUCCUUGACUCGUCUUCAUUUCCCUCCCCAACCACUUUCUCUCUUUCUUUCUCAUAAUCAUUGUGGAAAUUAACCUUUUUGUAACAGAGGGUUUCUAGAUUUGCAACAUUUUGAUGAAGAACUCUUGGGGUUUUUUGUGUGUGAAACACUAGUUGUUAGGAUAAUCUAUACUGAACUUUUUUUCUAAGAGUCAGGAACAAUUAGUAAUGUACUAAACUUUAUGGACUUUGCUGGGUAAUCUUUUAUUUUUCGGUUGUUGUUUUUUUGGGGGGGCUUUUUUGAUUUUCCAAAUUUAUAAGGAAAAAGAGAGAGAGAGAGAGAAAGCAAGUAAGCAAAACUCUUGGAUCUGUAUUUUGGGGUGGGAGGAGAGAAGAAUAACUGUCAUCUAAUCUUACCCCAGAGCUGUGAGAUUUCAACAAGUGGUUUUUCUUUCUUUCUUUUCUGUUGUAGCAGAAAAAGGCUUGGAAGUCUUAGGUGAUAUGUAACAAAUUUUAAAAAUAAAAAAUGGGAAAUUAUAAAAAACAGUAUUUAAAAAUUCUUAAAUAUGUAAAUUUAUUAAAUAUUUUACUACUAAUUUCUUGUACCUUUGCUUUCUUUUUGAUUAUAUUGCAUUUUUUAAAAAAAGAAAAACUGAACUAUAGUAUGUUAUUAUAAUUAAUUGUGUGAAUUCUUAGCAGGAUGGUUACUGUUUACUGUCAAGCUGGUUAUCAGCGGGCAAAUUUUUGUAGUGACGGCUGUAUAAUUUCUAGAAAUCUAAAGGGAUAAUAUAAAAAAAUGAUGUGUUUAAUUUUUUUAGCAAUUCUGGUUUGCUUUCCACAUUUUCCAUUUUCUGGUUGCAUCUGUGUAUCUAAGCCCUCCAAGCUUUGUCUAAAAAAAUAAAAAAUAAAAACAAAACACCUUUUGUCUAUUUCAGAAAUAAAUACUGUUAUUUUUAAUAUUAAGAUGAAACUGCUAUUAUUAGUACCUUUAACAAAAACUGUGGAACAUUAAGUCAUAUAAAAUAGUAGUAACUAUUUUUUAAUUCCAGGGUUGGUGUGUGUUGCUUCUCCCUCCCCAUUUUUAUUUGUUUUUAAGUAUUUUGUUAUCUUAAUAGUUGUCAAAAAAAUUACCUAGAGAAAUAAAAUAAAAGUAACAUCUAGUAUUAACCCCAGGUAUGCCAAUAAAUAAUGUUUUGAUUUAAUAAAGGGGAUAAUAUGAUUUCCAGUGUUUACUUGUAGUACUUUCUUGUACAGAUAAGUGUAUUUUUAAAGGAGAAAAAAAUAAUAAUAAAGAAAGUAAAGCUA